CUGGUAUUAUUUUUUAUUUUUAUUUGAGUUGUCCAAAAUUCCACACGAAGAAACGACGCGACUCAGAAGUGUCGAUCAACCCCGAUGCCCUGAAUUUCCGGUAAUGUCCCGCCGCAAUCACACGACAGAGCUCGGAUGUAUAGCUGGCGCCGAUUUGUCGGCUGUCGGCGCGGGGAAGGAAGGAUGGCUGGUGGAAAGCCCCAAUCUCCUUGUUGCCCUCGACACCAAUUCGAUCGCGCUCGCCAAUCGCUCAUUGAUCCUCAUCCUCAAUUGGUCUCAAUCAAUCAACGGCGGCCCCGACACCGACCCAAAUCGGGCUGCCAAGAUCAUACCCGAGCUCUCUCCGAUCGAGGCCGAGUACAUCUCCGCCGUCGAGUGGCUCGUCUUCGAUGACGACAUCAGAGUUCUCACCGUCGGCACCUCGUGCGGUUAUCUUAUGAUUUUCUCAAUCCAAGGUCGUCUCAUCCAUAGACAGAUUGUGAACCCGGGAAAGAUUCUUAAGAUAAGGGUCCGUGGGAUUAAGCAAGAUCUGACACAAGAUACAUCGUCAGAGGAGGUUUGUGUUGUAAUGCCUGGUGUAGUUGCUCGUUUUGAUGGAUCUGAUAUUAAGAGUCUGCUGCAGCAGUGGUUUCAAGAAUCACACUCUCAGCUUUGGGAUCAGGAUUUCAAUACAUUUCAGGAUAAUUCUGGGAACCGAGUUAGGAGCCUUCCUUACCAACUAUGGAAUGUUAGCAAGUAUGGAGUAUGUGCCGAUGCUGCUAUAACUGGUGUCAUGCCCCCGCCGUUGAUGGAAAUCCAGUCAAGUCAACGCUACUACUGUGCAGUCACCAUUGGAAAUGAUGCUGUCAUAUCAGCGUUUAGGCUUUCGGUUGAUAAGAGCAGAUCACUAGUGGGAGCUAUCUUGUCAAAAGUUGUUCCUGCCACAUUUUCAACAAUAGCUUCUCUCUCUAAAUUGAUUUGGCGGAGUGAACCAAGCAAUUCAAAAAAGCCAGAACCUAAAUCUCAACCAUUUGCUCGAGCCUCUCCUCUGACUUGUCUGAAGGAUCACCCAAGGAAAGGCGAGAAGCUCACAUUGUCACCUAGUGGUUCUUUGGCUGCAAUUACCGAUUCACUUGGGCGUAUUUUGCUCUUGGACACUAAGGUGCUUGUUGUUGUUCGUUUAUGGAAGGGAUAUCGUGAUGCAAGCUGUUUAUUUGUGGAGAUGCUUGCCAGUAAAGAUAAAGCUGUCUCACGUCCUCUUAUUCAUGAACAUACAAAAAGUGAUUAUUGUCUCUGUCUAGCAAUCCAUGCACCAAGGAAAGGAAUAGUUGAGGUGUGGCAGAUGAGAACCGGCCAUCGACUUCUGACCAUUCCAUGUCCUAAAGGCAGUAAAAUACUUCAACCAACUUACAGAUUCAGUUCAGCAACGGCAUCUUCGUCGUCUUAUGUUCCGUUGGAAGUUUUCUUUUUGAAUGGAGACUCUGGUCAAAUAUCCGUUCUCAAUCGAUUUCUUCAUUAACCUUCUUUUGUGUCAAUCAAUUUAUUCCAAUUGUAUAGGAUGCUUAAAAUUGGUCUUCAUUUCUAUGGGUGUGUUUACUUUGGUAGUAAAAUUUUCAUUUGAAAAGGAUGGAUAAGAAAAGGUGAGAUAAUAUUAUCUUUUUCUCAUUUGUUUA